AUGGACGCACGGCAACAAGACUACUCGCAGUCAGGUUUGAGCCCGCCCUACCCAACCUUUCCUGAUACCGUUUCUGAAGGACCGUCUGCAGAUCAAGCAUCUGCUGCGCAAUAUCCUCCUCCGCCCCCUCCUCCUCAAGGACAAGACCCACGAGCUUCGAACCUUACCCCCACUUCCGACUACAGUCUGAACCCUUCCUCUGCUCGAUCAGGGUCAUUUCCGGAAUACAUUCAACGUUCGUAUCAACCAGGCGCUCAAGGGCAAGCUCCAGGCGGUAUGGCGCAACAACAGAGUCCGUCCAUGUCUAUCCCAGAUGGUCAAACAAAUGGCCAUCAUACACCGCAACAACUCAAGUCUGACUCGGAUGUACCUAUAGAUCCAUCAAUCGCCGCUCAGACGAGCCCGACUUAUCCUCACCAACAGCAGUACUCGCCUUAUACACCUCACCACGACAUGCAGCACUACCCAGGCCAACCCCAAACCCCAAUGUACGCGUCGCGUCCUGAGUGGGCGGGGCAUUAUGGUCAACCUGGUAUGCACCAUGGUUACGCUCAGUCCUCUGGGCCCCCCGCACCAGCUAUGGUGUCUCCCGUCCAGCGACCGCCAACUCAUAAACGUCCGCGUCGGCGUUACGAGGAAAUCGAGCGCAUGUAUAAAUGUGGUUGGAAUGGAUGUGAAAAAGCAUACGGAACACUCAAUCAUUUGAACGCGCACGUCACUAUGCAAUCUCACGGUGCAAAGCGUACUCCUGAAGAAUUCAAGGAGAUCAGAAAAGAAUGGAAGGCUAAGAAGAAGGAGGAGGAAGCUGCGCGCAAGGCCGAUGAAGAGCGUCACCGCGCCGAUGUACAACAGCGUGUUCACGAGGGCGGUGCUCCGGGCGAGGCCCCUGUUUACGGGCAGAUGCGUCAAGCAGUUGGUGGUGUGCCAGGCCAGCCGUCGCAGCAUCCUCAGCUUCCCCCCAUUGGCUACCAGCCUGCCGCUUCGGGCAACUCUGCUGCUCCACAGUACGGCACACAGAGCCCAGGACUGCCUGAAGGCAUGGCGCAUAACAACAGCAGUUACCCUCAAUCGCCGUAUGGCCAGAACCCUCAAAUGUACGCUCAGCAGGGCCAUUAG